UCACCGUUACCGCAGCAUCCGUCUAAACCUCCUUCAAAUCCAGCCAUACACAGCACUUUACAUCACUUUCUUCACCUAACACACCAAACCUUGACAUUCUCCUUCAGUAUAUCAGUGAUUAUCUGCGGGGACCGAGCGGGAUACAACCCUUUAACCGCGACUAGCAGCUUCGCUAAUUCUCAGCAGAGGGUUUCUGCGUCAAGAAAUGAUGUGGACACCGAACCGCUGGUGAAAGUGCUCAGUAGUUUGGCUGCACAAGGAUUCACUGGUCAUGCUGUGCUUUGGAGGGACAAGAAGAGACGCUAAAUAAGAAAGGACGAGAGAGUCGAGAGAAGAGACAGUAUUCAGCAGCCGCUAUCAUGUCUCGUCAUCAAAGCCGAGCCACCAGCCUGGAGGAGAAGGGAGCCACGCCCAUCCACAAGAGCUCCACCCCCUCACACAAGAGCUCCACCCCCACUCACAAAAGUGCAUCCUCUUCCUCCUCAUCUCAGAGAGACAGUCGACAAGAGACGGAUAGUUGGGAAAUCAUCGAGGGGCUAAGGAUUGGUCACACUCAUAUCCUGAGGCCAGACAAACAUGAAGGUUUUAUGCUGAAGAGGAGGAAAUGGCCUCUGAAGGGCUGGCACAAGCGAUUUUUCGUUUUGGAUAACGGGAUCCUGAAGUACUCCAAAUCUCCUGUAGAUAUUCAGAGGGGAAAGCUUCACGGCAGUAUAGAUGUGGGUCUGUCUGUGAUGUCCAUCAAGAAAAGAGCUCGCCGCAUAGAUCUGGACACAGAAGAGCACAUUUACCAUCUGAAGGUGAAGUCUCCAGAUGUUUUUGACAUCUGGGUGUGCAAGCUGCGUCACCAUCGUUUGUUCCGUCAGAACGAGAUUGUUCGCUCUCCUCGUGAUGCCACGUUACGCACCUUCCCUCCGUCGGCCAGCGCAGAGUCACCCCAGAACACCUCUUCCAGCGCACACCAAAACAAGCAGGGUAAACCCAGUGGUCCGCCCUGGCAGCUGCCUCCAUCCUGCAGUAAUGGACAGAGUAAAGUGGCAGCCUGGUUACAGGAGUCUGAGGAGAUGGACAAGUGUACAGAAGAACUUGCCUACUGCCAGUCUAGUCUUUUAGAAUUGAGUCAACUGCUGCAAAGUCUGGAGAUCUUACAAAGGACGCAGUCAGCUCCCAACUUCGCCGACAUGCAGAGUAACUGUGUAAAUUUGACAAAGAAAGAAAAGCGGGUCAGCAGAAGAUGGAGGACUAAAAGUGUCAGCAAAGAUGCUAAAUUGCAACAGCAGGUCCAGCCACUUCCCCAGUCUCACUGUGCUAAAGUUCCUCUGAGUGCAAGUAUGUCUCAAGUGCGUCUCCACUCCUCUAAUCCUAACCUAUGUGCGGAGCUGGCUGAUUAUCAAACCCCGGUCACACGUCUGACUGACAGUAUCGACAGCGCCAGUGACUACAUCAAACUGCAGGAGGAUUUCUGCCUAGUUGCGCAAAAAGUGCACUCUCUUCUGAAGUCUGCCUUCAACACUGUGGCCAUAGAGAAGGAGAAGAUUAAACAGGUGUUGAUGGAACAGGAGCAGACCGGCCAAUCAAAUCAGAUUAUAACCCUCCGCCGCUCCCUGUCACAGGCCUUGUCCCAGAAUGCUGAGCUCAAGACCCGUCUGAGCCGGAUCCACUCUGAGUCGGUUCUGUCUGAACAGGUCGUCAGUGUGAACAUCAUCAGCAGUCCUGACGAGGCAGGUGAGCCGCUCCACGUGGGCAUCCCUCUCUCUCAGCAGGUGUCCAAUGAGAGCAGACUCUCCAUGUCAGAGUCCGUGUCUGAGUUCUUCGACGCUCAAGAGGUGCUUCUGUCCGCCAGUUCAUCAGAGAAUGAGGCUUCUGAUGACGAGUCUUACAUCAGUGAUGUGAGUGAUAACAUUUCAGAGGACAACGCCAGCGUCACAGAUAACGUUUCCAGACAGAUGCCCAACGGUGAUCUGGCCAGUGGUGCGUUUCGUAACGGUAGACGUACGUGUCUCCCUGCUCCCGCCCCUGACACUUCCAACAUUAACCUGUGGAACAUCCUGAAGAACAACAUCGGGAAAGACCUGUCGAAAGUGUCCAUGCCAGUGGAGCUGAACGAGCCGCUGAACACACUGCAGCACAUGUGUGAGGAGCUGGAGUACACAGAGCUGCUGGAUAAAGCAGCUCAAACCGACGACCCCUACGAACGCAUGGCAAUCGUCGCAGCGUUUGCAGUUUCGGGAUAUUCCUCCACCUAUUAUAGAGCGGGCAGUAAACCCUUUAACCCCCUUCUGGGGGAAACGUAUGAAUGUAUUCGUGAAGACAAAGGAUUCUGCUUUUUUUCUGAACAGGUGAGCCAUCAUCCGCCCAUCUCCGCUUGUCACUGUGAGUCCCAGAACUUCACCUUCUGGCAGGACGUCAGAUGGAAGAAUAAGUUUUGGGGGAAGUCUAUGGAGAUUCUUCCCAUUGGAACAGUGAAUGUGACGCUGCCCAGUUACGGCGAUCACUAUGAGUGGAACAAGGUGACGACGUGCAUCCACAAUAUUCUGAGCGGGAGGCGAUGGAUCGAACAUUACGGCGAGGUCACGAUCAGAAACACCCGCAACACCAGCUGCAUCUGCAAACUCACCUUUGUGAAGGGAAACUACUGGAGCUCGAAUGUGAAUGAGGUGCAAGGAUCAGUGAUGGACCAGGAGGGAAAAGUCAUUCACAGACUGUUUGGGAAAUGGCAUGAGGGUCUGUACUGUGGAGUCCCACCUUCAGCCAAAUGCAUCUGGAGACCAGGGUCUAUGCCUACAGAUUAUGAGCUGUACUACGGCUUCAGCAGGUUUGCCAUAGAGCUCAAUGAGCUCUGCCCUGAGCUGAAGGAGCUGCUGCCACCAACAGAUGCUCGCUUCAGGCCGGACCAGAGGUGUCUGGAGGAAGGAAAUGUUCAGAUGGCAGCAGCUGAGAAACAAAGAAUCGAAGAGCAGCAGAGAAACAGGAGGAAGUGGCUGGAGGAGAACAACAUCAGGCACCAGCCGCGAUUCUUUAAGAAGGUUAUGGACAGUCACCAGAGGGAGAGAUGGGUGUCUAACAACACGUACUGGGAGCUGCGCAAGGACCCCGGCUUCCUCAAACAAGAAAACCCUGAGCUGUGGUAGAUCCAGACGCCUUCACUGCUGACUGCAGACGCUUACUAUGCAGAACAGGACCUCCCUCCAGAUUUGGAUUUUAUCUCCAGAAACGGACUGAAAACAAAAACAAGAAACAAACACUCUCUCCUCAUCACUAGGGCAGGUUUGGCCUCAUUCGUCUCCCUCUCUAUAGUAACAGAGAGACUGCGCUGUUGUCAGGGCAAAAGUGAGAGCUGUAGAGCUGUCCACCCGAAGUCCUUGCCUUAAAAAGUCGCUUCUCAACAACAAAGUUUUGCGCUUUUAGUGAAAUUCCCUCAACUGAAUUUGCUCUGGGUUAAAUUCUGCAUGUGUAGAUGGCAGCUUUCAUCAGCAAAGUGCUACACAAACUCAUCAAAGCUACAUUUAAACAAUUUUAGUGGUAUUUUUGUAGACGUCCAAAAGAAGGGAAUUGCUUUGGCAGUUAAAGCUGUGCUGUGACUCGAUCUGUCCCUCCUCAUAUUCGACGGCAGCCGUGAGUGUGCUGAACAUGUGACUUUUUAUACUCGUGUGCUCCACCUUUCAAACCCCCCCAAAGAAUCGAGCCUGAAAGAAAGAUCCUGGACCUAACCUGCAAGACCAGAAAAGACACCCCAGGACUCAGACUCCUGAACCCCAGUAUCUGCAACUGUACAUUAGCGCUCUUCAUUUAAAGCAGAAGUCUGACAUUCAUGCUCCUCUAAUUACACCAAAUCAAAUUCAAGAAGUAAUUUUUUCCAGACAGGCUCUAUAAGCACUCGCCACCUUCAGAAAAACUAGUCAGUGCUCUGCGAAACAGAUUAUUAAUGGUAGUUUUGCCCUGGAGUCAUGCCAUUGGUUGAGCCAGAAGUCUGCAUUUAACACUGCAUUUAAAGGGACAGUACACCCAAAAAUAAAAACUGGUUGUUUUCUUCCCCUUAUGUCAUUCCAAACCCUUUUCAUUUAAUUUAUAAUAAACCUGAGACAUUUCUGUCCUCCCUUUGACAAUUUCAUCUAACCAAAAUUUGUAAAAGUCGCAAGUCGUCGUAAAACAAGCUCCCAUGUUUACCAUAUUUGAUGUGCUCUGGGUACGUGUCGUUCACUGUUUAGAUGUAAAUAAAAGUACGAAAAUUGUCAGUUCAUGAUAUCAAAUGGCCAAAUCUCUUUUAAGUUUUGGAUACCUUGAGUUUCAAUGUAAGGAAGAAAACCUCUCAGAUUUCAUAUAUUCAUUUGUGUUUUGAAAAUUAACUAAAGUUAAUUUAGAACGAGUAUAUGAUGACAGAACUGUCUUUUUUGGGUGAACUAUCCCUUCAAAAUGCACCAGUGACCAGCAGACAAGUACACUGAAAACGUGUACACUAUAUUUUCCCUCGUCUCAUUGUUCUGAGCAUGAACUUCUCACUAAGAGCGGCAGCGGCUUCUGCUGGCCUCUCAGUGCUACUGCACACUACAUACUUCAGUGCCCUACAUCUCUGCUUACAUCAUACUGUACAGGAGAUGAUGUCAGCAACGACCGGAGCAGUGUGUGGAAUGGAAAGCUAUCCUACUGCAUACCACACAGUAUGCUGUAACAUUUCACGUAGCGUACUACAUUUCCACAUGACCUCACCAUGGGUUUAAUUCAACAAAGUACAGAUUUAAUCUCUGACUAAAAACUUUGAAAAAAAAAAUAGUUUCUUGUUAAAUUUUAGAAUUUUGGAAGCCUGAGUAAAUACUAAUUAAAUUUGUUUUUUACAAAAAAAUCUGUGUUAAUCUAUCACGGAAAUGGACGGUGAAGUCAAGCAUGAUGCAUUGUGGGAUACAUCAUUCGGCAUACUCAAAUUGUAUACUGCAUUGUAAAUUUCCAACUACACCCUGUCAUACUAUUCUUACAAUUUGUGGCACAUAUAGACACGAAGUAGUAAAAGCAGUUUUCUGUCAUGCGGUUCUGAACUCAGAACUCCAAAUGAAUCAUUUACAAAUUCAGUGCAUACUGAAAACCUCUAUGUGCAAACUACAGCAAUAUGUUGCUGAAGUAUGCUAGUAUGCUAUGCUGAAUAGCAUACUGCCAAAUAACUCACAAUAUAUACAUCUACACCAAAAAGUUAAGAUAUUUCUAUAGACUGCAUUAAAAAGACCAUUUUUGUUACAUAGAUUAAAAAUGACUUUUUGAAUUAAACUUGCUGAGGUAAAUCACGUGACAGCAAUGUAGCAGAAUACAUUUCCACAAUGCAUGCUGUUUUCCAUACUGUUUUUAAAACAUGCAUUAUGCAGCAUAGCAUGUAGUACACCGAUAUUCUAGUGCGAACGGAGCUCUAGUUUCUAACAUUUGAUCUCAUUUGGACCUCAUUCAUCAAUCACAAAAUCAUUCGUAAAAUCAGUCUUGUUUGUUUUGUUGAAUUCGAUUCGCCUGCGCAGAUCUGAAUGUUUUAUUUUCUUUAAAUAUAGUUUUUUUUAGAAAGUUUUUAUGUGAGUAGAUUAAAAAAGGAAACAUCCAGAAACCGUGUAGUCAGAGUGACCGAGGUGAUCUCUGCCAUUAGUAGAGAGUCGUAAGUCAGUGUUUGAGUCCUUCACUGUGCCUUAACGCAGAUGAAACCAUAUCAACACACUCCACUGAGCACAGUCCAUCCUCAUCUUCUGCACACUGACACACGUUCCUCAACCACUCUAUAAAACACCGGCCGCUGGAAAUGAACAGCUGCAGAAACAAACAAGGAGGUCUGAAACUCCUACAAAACGACCUAUCCAGUUCUUAAACUGAAGACUUUCCAUGAACGAUGUUUUCUUCUGUUAAGUUUGAUGCAUCCACUCAUCAAGAGCUGAACCGACUGAAUGUUUCUGAAGCUUAUAGAGAAGAUUAUUUUAGAUUUAUCUAAGGAAUUCAGGUUCCAAGGCGUUGUAGUGAGUGCAUCUGCACUCGAUAGUUUCUCACCAUUGCAUGAAAACAUGUCACAGCCUGCCAAUGAUCUCUGAUGCCUUAUUAAAAUGUCUGUUUAAUUUCUAUCUGGUUAGAUCCUCACUGAGACGUCCUGCACUGUGUGUGGGGGUUUUAAUCAUGUGUUCAGCUUUCCUCUGAAGAAGUGCAAUUGUACAGUGACAUUGUGUUUGCAGCUGCUCUACUGCUGUACAGCUCCUGAUGUGUCAUUAGGACACACUCCAGACCCGCUGUUUCACUUUUAAAUUCAUAGUAACAAAUACAUACUUGUGUUCUAAGUCA